AUGCCCUUCAGGAUACUAGCUCACGCCUACCGCAAGCCCGGUAUGUCUACCGAGGACUUCAAGAAGCACUACGAGGCCCAUGUCGACCUUCUCAAGCGCCUUACUGGCGAUGACUUCCCGCUCUCCCAUAAACGCACCUAUACGUUUCGCCAAACUGUCGAAGUGGCACCUGAGGGCGCUACCUCUUCCAAUGCCACCACCCCGGCUGUUGUACUCGUUGGCCAGCAAUCGGAAUUCGACUUUGAUGCGUAUGCGGAGCUGACGUUCACUAAUGAGGAUGCUUUCCGUGUCUUUGCUCAGAAGGUUCGUGAGCCUGAGGCUGCGUCUCAGAUUAAGGCGGAUGAAGAGCUGUUUUUGGACCGACCAAAGUUUGCGGUUGUUGUCCUCGGAGAUGUUUCUGAGACUAAAGCUUGA